ACUUCUGUUGUCUCCUGAGAGCAGUAUUUCCUGAUCAGUAGUCUUGCAAAAUCCCUGAGUCCAAUUUCAUUACAGCAUGCAAAUUGGGAAUGUUUUCUGAUCGCAAAUGAAGCGUGCAUUCUGAUCGCAGAAAAUAAUUUUCACUGAGUAAGCUGGAAACGGCACAUAUUCUAACAAUGGUCAUUCGACGUUGUCAAUCCUAGUAUUAUUAUAUCACUUGGGCAGGUGAUUUGGGAAGAAGUAGCCACACCCUAGAGCCCCAGCCCAGACUAACGAAGCUUAAAACUGUUUAAAACGUAGGGGCGUGAGCUGUCCGCGCCGGCAGUGCCACAUCCCUUGGCAGGGCUGGCAUGGCGUCCCUCAGAUGGUGGCCUGAGUUCGCUGCGGUCUCGAUGCUGCUGCUGACACUACUAUGGCCAGAUGCCGCCAGCGCCACUUCCUCCACGCGAGCCUGUGUGCACGUGAGAGGGCUCGGGGACGCCGCUCGCAACGAGUGUGUGGACAUUUCCGAGUCGUGCCGGCGCCGCCGCUGCCCGGCCGACACGCUGUGCGCGCUCGCCCCGGACCUGCGCCUCACCUGCCUGCCCGGCGUCGCCGGCCGGCUCCGCAACUGCGCGCCCGAGCCGCUGCGGCUGGCCCAGCCGUGUCCCGCCAACACCGUCGUGCUCGGCUUCGGACAGGGCUGCACGUUCUGCGCGGCCGGCGCGGCACCUAACGCGUCGGCUCCGCCGCCGGCUCUGACGCUGAGGCCGCAGCCAGGCGGCCGGAGCCAGCCGCGGCGGGCUUGCGUCACGGUCUGCCACGCCCGCGGCGGCGUCAGAAGCGAGUGCUUUGACGUGUCGGUGGAGUGUGACAGUCUGAAUUGUCCGAUUGGCACAAAGUGCGUCUUAAGACCGGACGGGGAGUACGGGUGCCUUCCGGAGUCAGCGUAUGAGAGCGCAAAUUGUGGUUCGGAGGAAAUGAGAUUGUCCCAGCCCUGCCCAGCGAACUCUGUCGUCGCUGGCUUCGGGCAGGGCUGCACAUUCUGUACCUCCAAUAACGCGACUGACCCGCCGUCCACAGCCUCGUCGUCAAUAACAGCAAGCGCCAGCCAGGAGCAUACACAAAAUGCUUGCGUGGUCGCCUUUAAUAGCUCCCGAUUCUCUGUGGGGGAAUGCUUUGACAUCACCAGUCACUGCGUUCGAAAAGGGUGUUCAAGCGACACAGUUUGCGGUUUUAAUUUAAAGGGAGCUCCGGAAUGUUUUCCAGCGUCCGUGACAGCCUUCCAGAACUGUGGUCCGGACAAAGAACGUCUGGUGCAGCCGUGUCCGGCAGAUGCUGGUGUCCUCGGAUUCGGUGCAGGCUGCACUUUCUGCGUGGCAGGGUACCCCGUCGGCCCCGUAUCAAGGACAGAACCCGCACCCAUAAUACAACGAGGAGCAGCAAUAGGACCGAAGCCCACGUUAGCACCAGAACCUACGACAGGACCAGGUCCCGGGGUAAGCCCAAAGCCUGAGACAGGACCGGAACUCAGGGUUGGAUCAGUAACCGGUAUUACAUUAGGACCUCCGAUCCAGGACGUGGCCAGGAGUGCACGCGCACUGAGCACAGCCCAGGAACAAUCGGCAAAUAUUUGUAUUACGAUACACAGCACUUCAAAAGGUGCUGAAAAGAAGUGCAGGGAAGUGUCGGCCGCGUGUGAGCUGAAACAGUGUCGUCCCGGCACGUUGUGCGGCGUGUCCAUGGAUGACGUCAUCGGCUGCUUCACCGCGUCAGUGCAAGAAUUUGAACCCUGUCGGAUGAACAUAUCCGGCCACGUGCGGCCCUGCGCUGAGGCAGUAGACCUCAGCGGCCCCGAAGACGGCUGCUCUUUCCGCAUGUGCGGCGGCUCCCUUGACUUGACGACCUCGCCGCCAGGCGGCAGCACCAUCGGCACGUUUGAACUGCACGGGGCGUCCCGAGGGCGCGGCGCGUAACACAGGAGCCGUGUUGCGUCAAUGCUGAGGCAGCCUCUUUGCUGAAGGCGGCAUAAUCCGUGCACACACCAAAUUUGCAAUAUAAAUGAU